CCCAAUUAGAAGCCAUUUUCAUAAAACAUUGGCCAAUGCGCAGCCCAAUUAUUAGUCAUAGUCAAACAACCAGGAAAAAAUAUACUAUAUAUUGAGUCCAAAGGGUCAGAAUAUUCAAGAUUUAACAAAAUCAGAUUCAUAAUAAAAAAUUUAUCUCUUUGAAUCGGACCAAAGAAAUAAGGGAUGGGAUCAUCAGUAGGGAAGAAGGGGUUUCAUCUGUAUUUGUUGCAGCUCCAACAACACCCUUUGAGAACCAAAGUGAUAACGGCGGGAGUUUUGUCGGCGAUCAGUGAUAUAGUGGCCCAGAAGCUCUCCGGCAUCAAGAAGCUUCAAAUCAAACGCCUUCUUCUCAAAGUGCUUUUCGGGUCAGCUUAUUUGGGACCAUUUGGGCAUUAUUUUCACAUAAUGUUGGAUAAAAUUUUCAAGGGGAAGAAGGAUAAGACAACUGUUGCCAAAAAGGUGAUGCUUGAGCAGCUGACAUCUUCCCCUUGGAACAACAUGGUUUUUAUGCUUUACUAUGGAUUAGUUGUUGAGGGAAGACCCUGGAUUCAUGUGAAAUCUAAAAUCAAGAAGGAAUAUCCUAGUGUGCAAUAUGCAGCAUGGACUUUCUGGCCAGUUGUUGGAUGGAUAAAUCACCAGUACGUGCCACUGCAGUUUCGAGUUAUCGUCCAAAGCGUCGUCGCCUGUUUCUGGGCAAUAUUUCUGAAUCUGAAAGCAAAGUCAAUGACACUAACUAAAGAUUAAAAGCUCAUUUGAUUGGAAUCUGUAUUGUUCAAUGGCUUUCUUGUUUUAUUUUGAUUUUUCCUGUAUGAUAAUUGCAUGUUUAAAAGACAAUUAAACCCCAAUUAAUUAAUUAAUAAAAGAGGACUCUUAUAUAUUAUAAGG